AUGGCUACCACACUACUUCGCCAGAACGUUCUUCGCACGGCUGUCCGCUCUGCAGCGCCGUCUGCUACGAAGAGAGCAGCUCUUGCCAGCACCACAUUCACUCGCGGCAAGGCUACACUGCCAGAUCUUGCAUACGACUAUGGCGCCCUCGAGCCAGCCAUUUCCGGCCAGAUCAUGGAGCUGCACCACUCCAAGCACCACAACACCUACGUGACCUCGUAUAACACUCAAAUCGAGAAGCUGCAGGAGGCACAACAGAAGGGCGAUAUUCAGGCGCAGAUUGCGAUCCAGCCAUUGAUCAACUUCCACGGUGGCGGCCACACCAACCACACCCUCUUCUGGGAGAACCUCGCACCCAAGUCUCAGGGCGGCGGCGAGCCACCAAGCGGUGCUUUCUCCAAGUCCAUUGAGUCUCACUUCGGCUCCCUCGACAACCUCAAGUCGCAAUUCAACACUGCCCUCGCGGGUAUCCAAGGCUCUGGCUGGGCAUGGUUGGUUCAGGACACUCAGACUGGUGCCAUCCAGAUCAAGACAUACGCCAACCAGGACCCAGUGGUCGGCCAGUUCCGCCCAUUGCUCGGCAUUGACGCGUGGGAGCAUGCGUACUACCUGCAAUAUCAGAACCGCAAGGCCGAAUACUUUAGCGCCAUCUGGGAUGUGGUCAACUGGAAGGCGGCCGAGAAGCGAUUCAAGUAG